AACGUCGCUAGCAAGGGCAGCCCUGCACCGCCUGCGGUUCCGCGGGAGGCCGAAGCCCCACCCCGGACGGGCCCGAGAGAGUGUCGCACAAUGAGACGAAUCUAGAUGCCCCUAGUCAAGCCCCUAGACGCGGCAUAUUCCUCAUUCUGGACCCCUUUUGAUACUCAGCCUCAGCUUCGUCAUCUGUCAAAAGCGACAACAAUACCCUCUGGAGUCCGACGCUAGGGAAACCUACCGACGGCUCCGAUAUACUACAUAUCUCCUCGCGAUCCCUGAGCCUUUGUGGUGGGUUUCCCAAUAGCCCUCCAUCCAGCAGUUAAGCCAACUGUAUUUUCAUGCAUUCACGAAGUAUCCUGUUGCUUGGUCUAGGGGUUCUGCUCUCGGGCGCCAAUCCGACCCAAGAUGGCACUCGCUCAGUGGAUAACGACAGAUAUGCUCCGAGAGAUCUCUCUGCAGCGAGAGAUUAUACAAACUCCCUGAGCCACGCCGCAACUAUUCCAAGACGUCAGCAGAUCAACGGCACGGACAUCUCGGUCCGUCGAGACUGUCCUUUCAGCCCGUGGGACGAAUACUACAUCACCGACUUCCUCCAAGAACACUUCCACGACCUCUCCACGUCUGACCACUGCUGGAUCGUCAAAGGCGUUGCCGGGCUGAAGGAGUUGCUCCAGAGGAACAUCUCGGCCAACCCCUUUCUCAACGUCACGAUACCCACAUGUAUCUCUCUCAACAUCUCCAGCUCCGGCAACGCCUUCUCCAUCGACUUCUCGGACAACUCGUACCGCGUCAAUGGCGUUGGGGAGGACAAAUUCGUGAUUUUGACCUAUGUUCAUCUUGUCUCCAUGACGGCGGCCUUCUUUCUCGCAUAUCCCAUUAUUCUCGUCCUGGCAUCGACACCGAGCUUGUGUAUCAUGAUCGACCGUCCGCUCCAGGAGCCCACAAAGAGGAAAGUCGAACGGUGGCAGACUAUCUUCACCGUCCUAGUCUUCACCCCAUUUGCCAUAGCUGGGCUUGUCACGGGGAUCAUCGCGAUGGGAGACUCCGAACACGCAAGAACAUCACACGGGAUCACCGGUUACAUCACCAUCGGCCUCGCCGCCAUCUCGGUGCCCCUAUACCUUUACCAGAAAUGGCUCAGCUCCCGCCCAGACCUCACGUUUCACAUGUACCGCAGGCUCAAGCUCAUCAACGCCGCCGACUUCCUCGUCUGCCAGGCCAUCCUGCUGAUCUCGGGCUUCGCCCUCCCCGACGGCAUCGACGACUUCGGGAUCAUGACCAUCUGCGGCACCAACACCGUCUCCAGCUCGGUCGUGUUCUCGCUCGGCAUGAUCUUGUCCUUUGUCUGGAACUGCGCGAUGGCCACCAUGACGGUGCAGUGGCUGCUCGAGCAGCGGGUCAGGGGCGGGAGCCUCAGGGACAGAGCGCCUCCGUGGAUGCUCAAGAUGUUGAGGAAGCGGUCCGACUCGGAAACAACGUUCCAAUGAUCAGCUCAAAGGCGGUCUUGGAUGUAGAAAUAAAGGCUGGCCCGGAAUCAACUGGACUAUAAUUGUACUAUAAUAGACUACCAACUGUCACUUCCAGCCUA